CGUUUGCCCAACCGAUCCACCGAUUAGCCCACCGACCGACUGCGGACUUACUAACAACUGAUUUGCGGACCUAUUUGUACUUUGAUAACGGAAACGAUGUCGAACGGGACGAGGCGUCGACGUCGACGAGACCGCGCGUACGCGCAGUACGCUGUCGUCAUGCUGGGACGACAACGUGUGUUCCGGGACCGCCUCGAUCCGCUGGAAGAAUUCGACGAGGAUGCGCUGCAGCAACGAUUCCGGUUUGGUCGCGCGGGAAUUAUGUUUCUCGCGGAGACGCUGCGCCCGGACUUGGAGCGGUCGACGCGUCGCAGCUGCGCCUUGUCCGCAGAGCAGCAGGUGAUCGUCGCUCUGCAAUUCUACGCCACAGGCAACUUCCUCAUCACUGCAGGCGACUAUGUCCACGUGCAAGUCUCUAGUGCUUCACGGUCCGUGAGGCAGGUCACCGUAGCUCUGGCACGUCGAGCAAGGGACUUCAUACGGUGGCCUGACGUCGCAGAGAGUGCUGCCUUGCAGGAGCAGUUCUUUGACGUAGCCGGGUUCCCUUGUGUCGUGGGUGCUGUUGAUGGCACCCACAUUCGAAUCCAGGGACCGCGCGUGCACGAGGAGGUGUACGUGAACCGCCACCUGUACCAUUCCAUCAACGUACAGGUGGUAGUUGACGCGUCCUGCCGCAUACGCAAUGUGGUUGCGAGAUGGCCAGGAAGCACGCACGACUCCCGGAUUUUCACCGAAAGCACACUAUCAGUCAAGCUGGCCGAUGGCAUCUACGAUGGCCUAUUGCUCGGCGACAGCGGCUACACCUGCCAGCCGUGGCUGAUGACGCCAUUCCUGUCGCCAUCAUCAGCAGCAGAAGUGAGGUACAACACGGCACACACCACGACAAGGAGUAUUGUUGAAAGGACAAUAGGCCAGCUGAAGCGCAGGUUCCACUGCCUGCACGCCGAGCUGCGCAUGGCGCCAAGCAGAUGCUGCGACAUCAUCGUGGCAUGCUGCGUGCUCCACAAUCUCGCCAAGAGAUACCCCUGCGCGAUGCCAGGGACUGCCAUCCCGCCUGAGGUUCCUGUGGAGCCCAUGGCAGCCGGCCGUGGAGAAAGCAACGAGGCCCGGCGUGCCCUUGUCGACCAGUUCUUCUGUUGAGCGAGGUUCUCCGCCUCCAUCUGCUGCUGGUCCUCAGCUUGCUGCUGAUACCUCUGCGCAGCUUCCCGGCACCAACGUCUCGUCUGCAAGACACGGGGAGCUGCUGCCCACUCUUCUGCUGCUGCCACCCUUUGGCCGCUUCCUGACGCCCGAGGCUGCGGCGCUGCCGUUUGCCUCAAGCUAUCGCUGUGACAAAUGGAUAUGCAGGAAGUGAUUUGCUGUAGUUAUUAGGAGUGUGCAGGCAACAUACGUAUAACAUACAGUGUUUGUAACCCCGACAUGUUGCUGGAAUUUUGCCACAGUGUACUUAACUGUAGAACAGAAACUCUCUGAUGCUUCAAGCAUCUCCGAGUGGACCACACACAUGGUGCUCAUGCAGAAAUCCAUGCUCACCGUAAUAUCCCGAGAAAUUGCCCACCCAAAACUGAGAGCACAUUAGGUAAAAAUAAGGGGUAGGCUAACAUUCGGUGUUCACAAGGUAGCUCAACUUGAGCCAUUGAAAAAUAGAAAGUCCUGCUACAAAUCAGGAUGGGCUAUCUAUUUGGGAUGGGUCGUCUCUCGGGAUAUUACGGUAAUAUUCCUUGUACCGGUUGCAACUUUCAGUAUUUCAUUACCUUUAGCUUUCUUAUAAAUUUCUUAACCUUGCCAUUUAUUUCACCUAAGGAUGUUGUGAAACCAAACAUUCAAGUCUCGUUGUUUACGAAAUCCACGAUGCUACA